UUCGCGUACAAGCAAACUUGUUAAGCGCUAACCGGAUGAUUUCAAAAUUUCGCGAAAAGCUAACAAGUUGCUAGGCAUGUUUCGUCGAAACUGCCCUUCCGGAAAAUCGCGUGUGCCAAAUGCUUAAUAAGACACUCGAGAAACAUUUCAAAUUGUACAGUGAUUAUUGAAAGUCCUACAGAUUUUAAUAUUUAUAAAAGGACUGCUUCGGAAAUUGAUAACGGAGUAAGUCGUCCAAUGGUGGAUGCUAUGAGAAACUGCACUGACCAUUCUUCCGUUCGGUGAUUCCUGAUUCCGCCUAAUCUGAGUUACAGUUUUAUUUCGCUCGUUCUUUAGUGGAUCAGUUUUAAUUGUGCUGAAGUAUUGACUGAUUAAUUUUGCUUAAUGAUGGUUGCACAGGAUGAAGUCUAAAGACCGGAUAUGUUUCCGCACAUUGACAAAGCUACCCAUCGUUAUGUGACUUAGGAGUUUGGGGCAACUUAUUGGAAAUUACGAAGACAAUCACCAGCAAAAUGUUGCCAACAAAUGUUAUGUCAUUCAUGAAGAAGAUGGUCACAGCGGAGCCCGGAACAUCGAAUGCAACGGCGGAAAAUCCAGAAGGAGGAACAACUUUUGGAAAAUUGAAACAAACGCUAUCGUCGUCAUUGCUAACUGCUCAAGACAGAGUUGUGACGAAAAUGGGACCGCGACCAUCACUAGUUCCUGACCAAGCACCUAACGAUCAACAGUCCCCGCCAUCUGAAGACAAACCGGCCGCCCAAAUAACUCAGGCAACGGCUUGUCAAAAAUCUGAACCAGGAAAACCCCCUAGCAGAGCAGGAGCUUGUAGAGUUUGUCUAAAAGCUUUCAAACCAGACGACUUCAGUCGUACAUGUGCCACUUGUACACAGAGAGUAUGCGAAGACUGUGCCAGUUAUAGUAAAUUAGCUGAAAAUGAGGAUCCGACCAAUUGGACUUGUAGCGUUUGCAGAAGAAAAAUGCAAUCACGAGCGGCUGUUAUAACUCAAGACUCGAACGAAAGUUUAUUGGAAAUUCCACUACAAGAACUACAAAGACGACACUCCGAAGCAAGAUUGGGAUCGUCUGGUGGGGCUCUAACUGUGGGCAGUGUAGGAAGCGGUUUGGCACCACCUCGAAGUCCAGAGUUGAGGAGACAUUCCGAUGUAUCGCCCGCGUCUCUAAAAGAACUGGAAAAGCUUAAAGGUGGUGGCUCUAAAACCCCAGAUUCCGAUUGGAAUAGAGGUGGCCGAUCUCGAGGUGGCUCGCGAGCUAACAGCCCACCAAGAAGUUCCGACGUUCUUCCUCCAGCUCCUAGAUCACGACGUGCAUCUCGUGUAGCUAGACAACACAGCUAUGACGAUGAAGUUAAGGCCACUCUUCUUCCGGGCGGAAGUAGUCCAGGUGGAGGCGAAUCCGGAUUGGCACUCCCACCUCCAAUGCCUAGAAGGGCCUCUGCCUAUGAUGUCUUUUCCGUUCCAGGGCUUAGUACAGUUACUCAGCCUAAUAAUAUGGGACGUCGAGCUUCAUUUAGGGCUCCAGCACCUGAGCCGUCAAGUCCACCUAGUCCUGAUUCAACCCCAACAAUGGCUCUAAUUGCGCCAGAAGAUGAUCGACGGACCAGGAGAAGAGGAUCAUACUUGCCAGAUGUUGGCGGACUCAGACCUGCAGUUCCUGUCAGACCUACUCCGGCUUUGGAGGAUCUUGAAGCGGCUCCGCGCCGCCAAGCUUCAGUGGACGCAGAAGCCAUACGCAUUGUUAUCCAUGAUGUUGACAGUGGUUCUAGCAGCGCAGCUCAGAAACGAGUAAUUCUCAGAAGGGAUCCUAGCGACAAGGCUCAUAGAACUCGUGGCUUUGGAAUGAGGGUGGUUGGUGGAAAAACCAGUACUGACGGUCAUCUUUUUGCCUACAUCGUAUGGACAGUUCCAGGAGGUCCAGCGGAGAAAGGCGGACUUCAACAAGGAGAUAAGGUUCUGGAGUGGGGCGGAGUGUCUCUAAUUGAUAGGAAUUUUGAGGAAGUAUGCGCCAUUAUGGAUCACACGGGCGAAACUGUGGAAUUGCUAGUUGAACACGCCACUGACUUGCGAAUGUGCGACUUUCUGGACGAACCCCCGCUGCCACCUCCUUCAUCUAGAAAGCCAUCGGAAACCAGCAUAUCAGCGCUCCAUGUUGACUCCGACAAUGACAAAGCGCCAUCAUCUCCGACCAGAAGAAAACUUCCAAAAACACCGGAACAACUCGCCAAGGAACGGACUGUGUCUGGAAGAAUACAAAUUCAAGUUUGGUACCACGAUGAAAAGAAGGAGCUGGUAAUUGCCGUAUUAGCUGGAGACGAUUUAGCACCCCGAGACGAAAGCCUCGGUUUUGGAGCUUUACCAGAGGCCUACGUGAGGUUGUGCCUUUUACCAUUAACAUCAGAAGAGCAUUGUCAGCAGACAGAAGUGGCCCCUGCAAGUCAAAAUCCAAUAUGGAAUGCUAAUCUCAGCUUCAUGAACGUACCUGGAGAUGAGCUUAUGGAACGAGUUCUAGAAAUUACUUUGUGGGAUCUGAUUCCGCACAACGAACAUGAUUUUCUGGGAGAAUGUUCUGUUGACUUACAAAAGGCAUUUUUAGAUGAUAGAGCUGUGUGGUGCAGACUAGAGGAUCCCCGACAAUUAAGAACCAAAUCCCCGCAUACUUCGCCAAGAGGAUCAAUUGCAGGGCCCGGCAAGAGGAAUACAUUUGGAGACCAAAGAAGCGUAUCCGAUGAUGUUGAUUCCAUUGGUGAAUGCACGAGCUUACUUCAUCCGGAUCAUGCCUGGGGUUCCCGCAGAGGUUCCUCUCAAUCCGAACAACUAGAAGCAGAAGUUUACCAGCUCGGAAAAGAUUUUUCUAGAUCUUUGCCGGGGUCCAGACGAUCUUCAUUUCAGAGCCCCCAAGAGCAGGCAGCAGAACCGAUUGCGACACCACCUCCACCAUCAUAUAGUAGAGAUAGGAGGCGCAGCAGUUGCACACGAAUGCUUAGGGACCCUGAGGAAAUCCUAAAAUCGCUGAAAGCUGUUAAAGGUGAAUUGGGGAGAACUAUGAGCUUGACGGCCGACAAAAGAAGACGAUCCACUGCUAUGGCAACUCGCCAGGACAACAGGAAGACUAGCGUAAUGGAGAUAGUGGAAACAAAGGAAAAGGAAAUGAGCCCACCGAGUAGUCCUGAACGAACUUCGCCUCCAAGACUGGGGCCUGGUCAAAUCAAGCCCAGAGGAUUUAAGUUCUCAAGCACCAAACCGGUGGAGACAAAAUUAGGGCUGUUGAUGACCAAAGGCCAGUUGGAAGUGGAAAUUAUUUGUGCCCGACAUAUUGCUUCCAAAGAAUCUCCACCAGACACAUACGUGAAAUGUUACCUCCGUGAUGGCGAAAGAUGGUUGCAAAAGAAGAAAACCAGAGUCUGUAGGCAUUCGUGUGAACCGCAAUUUAGGCAAACGUUAAAAUACCAGGCCUGUGAUGUCUUGGGUCGCAGUCUGGUUGUAAUGCUUUGGGAGAAACAAAGUGGCUUCGAACACAACCAAGGUCUGGGAGGAGCCGAAAUAGCAUUGGAUUCUCUAACCCUUACCCACAUUAACGUGGGGUGGUAUCCCCUUUUUCCCAUUCACUCGCUAGGAAGUGAUUCUAAUGAUUCACCUUGAUCUGUGGGCUUUCAAUCAGACGAGGAAUUUGCAGCGUUUUAAAGCAAGAACUGAUAAAUUACAAAGGAAUAGAAGUGAGCUCUGAUUUAUCACUGUUUCCUCUUGUUCAUUGAAAGCAGUUG